AUGAGCAGUGAUGAAGAAAUCGGUGAAUUGAAAGUUGUGUACGAUUUCAUUGCACAGGGCAAAUUUAAGAAGGCUUUUGCCAGUGCCACGAAAGUUCUCGACCAGCGGUCGCCUCCAUCGCCGGCGGCCGAAGAGGAGGAUCCGUUGCGGGAACUGUUUCUGUUCAUCGUGACCAAGUACGCGGAGCAGCUGGAGCAGGAAGGCAAAAUCGAACAAGUGUUUGAAAUCAUCGAGCAAGGAUUGGAAUACUUCCCCGAACAUCCGGAGCUGCUGAACGAGACGGGUGUGCGGUUGCAAAGAUAUGGCCGCUCGUUGGAGGCUUCCAUCUGCUUCGAACGUGUGCUGUUGCAGGACUCCCGAUACCUGAAAGCCUACCAAAAUCUACAGAACACCAAGUGCGAACUCGUGGAACGAUGGCACUUCCGUAUGCUGAACGACGUUGUGCGCAAUGCAGCGUUUCGAGCCGCGAUCGAAAGUCAGAUCGCCGAAGGAUACAACGAAGUUCUGGACAUCGGUACCGGCACUGGUUUGCUUUCGAUGUACGCAUUACAAUGCGAUGGCAUCCGCAAGGCAGCAGCUUGCGAUGGGUCGGAAAUUAUGGUGCAAAUCGCACGGGACGUAUUCGGUGCUAAUGGGCUUAGCGAUCGGAUCUGUCUGUUUCAGAGCUAUUCGCAGGACUUAAAAAUCGGUGAACGAUUCUCGCUCAUAGUGACCGAAACGCUGGAUUCUGGUGCGUUCGGUGAGGGAAUUCUGGAAACGUUAAUUCACGCCAAACGGCACUUGCUGCUACCGGAGGGGAAAAUCAUUCCGGCCAAGGUCACGCUGUACGCAUCCGGAUAUCAAUCGCGCGCCUUAACAGCAAGCAAUAUUUUAAUCAACGAAGCUUUCAUAGAGGAUUUCUCAUUGCCCAGCAAUUGUUUGCUUUCGAAGGAAGGUACAAAGUGUUACGAUGCGGAGGAUAUUGGACGUAUUCAGGCAAACGAUGAUUUUGAGUUUGUGACCGAUACCGUCGUCUCGAUGGUGGUGGAUUUUAACGAUCUUGACAGUUUGGUGCACUAUCAGGAUGGUACGAAAGUGGGCGAAGUGGAACUGACCUGUCUGGACGAUGGUCUACUGCUGGAUGGUUUUGUCGUAUGGUUCGACCUGCAGCUGGAUGAGAACCAAGCCAUCAGUACGGAUCCAACCACUAGCACGUGCUGGAAUCAGGCGAUCUUUCGAUUAAACCAGCGCCUUCCUGUUGCGAAGGAUCAACGGUUGAAGCUGACGAUGUCCUGCAAAGAUGGUGCACUCUCAAUUGCCCACAAUUUCAACUCGGUAGAAAAUCAGACCAAUGUGCACGAACACGUUCUAGAGUUUCUCAACGAUAAUGAGUACUACAACAGCUUAACGGAGGCUACCGAAGCGCUCGACGAUAUGGAAAAGGUGCUUGAUCUGUCGCUCUUUCCAUACGCUGGCUUGAAGCUUUUGAAAGAGGGCAAAGCGCGAAUGCUGUUCUGUCUCGAUCAGGCGGAAGAUUUGAUUGAGUUCGUUGCAAAUCAAAACGACAUUCCAAUGGGUAGCAUCAUGCUAGUCAACUCACUCCAGGAGAUUUUUUUGCUGAACGACUAUACGCUCGAUCUGAUCAUUCUGCAACCGGUGGAUGUUUUCGGACAGAUAAACAGCGAGCACUUUUGCCUUUAUCAAUCGUUACUGGCCAAGCUAAAACCAAUCGGUACGGUUGUACCUUCGUCGCUAGAGCUGCACGGCAGCGUUAUCGAAUCGGAUUGGAUCGUUAAAUGCAGCCGCGUCGAAAAUCCUGAACUGGAACAGUUUCAGAUCGACAAGUAUCUCGCUUCACUGGAAACGGAAAACCAUCUAGACCUGGGCCCUUUUUCCUACCGAAAUCUUUCUCCUACAAUUAAGCUAGCAGACGUGCAAUUCGAUGGAAAGCUACACGAAACUGCAUUGGAAUUGGGGCUUGCCGAACCGACCGAUCCGAAACGGGUACAUGCCAUACUGUACCACUACCAAAUCGGGUUCACACCUGAGCGACCAUUACUCGGUACGGAUCGUGCCCAGUCCUUCGCGAAGCGAUCUGCCUUCAUCAUUCCUAAAUCUACAUUCCACGGUUCGUCUGGAGAACCCGACGAACCCACUGCUGAUCAUGCACAUAUUGAGCAGCUAUACAUUACCGUACUUCAAAAUCAUGGAGUCAUUAAAUGUGAUAUUGCUUCCGUUGGACAGUAA